UAGUAAUUUAAACAUAUGCAUUAAAAAGUAAAGUCAAAGUAGAAGACAAAAAAAGCUAAAUUAGAAAUGACAAGAAAAUGUAAAACACUUUUUGACCUCACUUUUGCUUUAGUUAUAUACUAAAACAAUAUAGUACCAAUAGUUAUAUAGUACAGACAAUAAAAAAUAUAUUAAUAAAAAUAAUAGGCAUAUUUGUUAUUAUUAUGGCGGUUCUUUUAUUGGUUUCGUACCGCACCUUUUACUGCAGAUUACGGCAAAGGCAAAAAAGAAAAAAAAAAGAAAAAAAAAUCUAAAUAGACAAAAAAAUGAUGCAGUGACAGAAGAUUUGUCAUUUUUCAUUUAACACUUGUAAAGAUUGUAAAAAUGUUAUUUUUGUUUACAAAGAUCUAUUCCAAAACAAAAAAAAUAAAUAAAUAAAACUAAAAUGUUGCGUUUAUCAUUUUAGCUCAUUAUUAGAUGCUACAUUUCCUUUUUAAAUUCACAUGUAUUCAUAUAUAGCCUAUUCAUUGUUGUUUGAUAGUAGCGUUUUGCAAAUUAUCUGGUUAAAAAAAGAUCUCGAUAUUUAAACUAUCUGGGAUUAACGGAACGAUUAAGAAAAAAAAAUCUCAAGUGUUUUCAUAGAGUCCUGCCAUGCGCCAUGAUGCUUUUCCCUAUCCAUAUGUUGUAUUAAUCCGCGAGGGGCGGAGGUAGUAGGGAAUCUGUGUGUGUGUGUGAAGGGCUUUGGAUUGGAGAUGCAGAAAGAAAGGGCAGUUUCAAGGAAGUGACGGACGACGCUUGGAGGACUGGUCAGAGGAAGUUUGCUCGAUGGUUGGUACCGUGCUGCUCACUGAAACUUUUGCCCGUUGAGCGCCAGCAGCACCGUGGAGAGGGACGGAAGGACCCGCCGGUCGAAGGGAGCUUUUGUUUCCCCCGCCGCAUUUGGUAGCUCCCAGGAAUAACUUGAGGUUGGGAGGGGAAAAAAGAGGGUCACGGAGGAAUUUUACUACAAGCAACACCCCCUCCUCUCCUUCUCCUCCCCGCGCCUCCUGUUUUUUUUCUCCCCCCUUGUGGUAACAGCAAUGGGGAAGGAGCAGGAGCUUCUUGAUGCGGCGCGUACGGGAAACCUGGCGGCGGUGGAGAAGCUUUUGUCCGGGAAGCGACAAGCCGCUGGCGGAUUGUCUGGGACCGGUGGAAGCGCCAACAGCGGCGGCCACGGUGCCUCCUCUCACCCGCUCUCCAGCCUGCUCAGCAUCUGGAGAGUCCCCAACGUGAAUUGUGUGGACUGCACUGGAUACACGCCCCUCCACCAUGCUGCCUUGAAUGGACACAGCGACGUGGUGGAGGCGUUGCUACGGAACGAGGCCUUGACCAACGUUGCGGACAGUAAGGGCUGCUACCCCCUCCACCUGGCUGCAUGGAAGGGGGACGAGCGGAUCGUAAAACUCCUCAUUCACAAAGGACCUUCACACCCCAAAAUCAACGAGCAGAGCUCUGUAGACCAUAAAGAGUUCAAACGCUGUGGGCCCUUUGACCCCUAUAUUAAUGCCAAGAACAACGACAACGAGACGCCGCUGCACUGUGCCGCCCAGUAUGGCCACACCCAGGUGGUGCAGCUCCUACUGGAGGAACUCACCGACCCCACCAUGAGGAACAACAAGUUUGAGACUCCGCUGGACCUGGCUGCGCUCUACGGUCGGCUGGAAGUAGUCAAGCUGCUGCUCAGGGCCCAUCCCAACCUGCUUCACUGUAACACCAAAAAACACACACCUCUGCAUCUAGCCUCUCGGAAUGGACACCUGUCCGUGGUGGAGGUUCUGCUGGAAGCAGGCAUGGACAUCAACUACGAGACUGAGAAAGGAAGUGCCCUCCAUGAAGCUGCUCUUUUUGGAAAGGCUGAUGUGGUGCAGAAGCUUCUAAGUGCAGGCAUUGAUGUAAACAUUACCGACCUGAAGGGCCUCACAGCACUGGACACGGUCAAAGACAUGCCCUCCCAGAAGAGCAAAGAGAUCGCUGCUCUCAUUCUUGGUCACAUGACUGGAAAACAUCCUGUUAUUGACCUCCCCCCUCCACCAGUCCCUCCACCUCAGGAGAGUCCAGUUCCAAGAAAGAAAGGUGAGCUCAUCACCGAGGAGGAGAGCCCCUACGAAGCUCUCUUUGAAGCAACCUCUUGCCACUCUUUGGACAGCCUCACCAGCGGGAAGUCCUCUGACAGGGACUCAGGACGGCCUGAUAGUGAAGUUGGGAAGAAGGAUCGCCUUGUCCAUUCGUCACACCCUGGUCCUCCCCAGGAGGAGGAGACCAGCUCAGAGCCAAUGCAUACUAGUAGCAGCGCUGAUGUCCGGAGAGAGCCAGUGGAGGAAGAGGAGGAUCACACGUACGAGUUGUUGAUGUCCGCACAGACCAAAGUCCCCCCACCCAGCCAGGAGUCCCAGUCUCAUAGAGACGAGAAUACUACUACACAGUCUUCCAACAGCAUCCUACCUCAGCGUAAAUCUUGCGUCCCCCCAAAUGACCUUAGAACCCAAAGUAAGACGAGAGACAGUCUGCACCCCCCUGCGCGGAAAUGCCCUCGAGCACCGGGAGAUAGCUCCCAUUCUGGCCAGGAUCAGGGAGCAGGUGUCCCGGAGCAGUUCACCGGCCUCCUGCACGGAUCUUCUCCCGUCAUCGACUCCCGCGAGGACGCCUUCCCGGCUGUCCUGCCAGCCAACCAAGGCCAGCCGCAACAAAGGAAAGCCGCCAAAGUCAAACCAGAAGAACCCGCUGCUCCAACGCAACCUGCUCGAGCCAGCAUGGCUGCCAUCUUUGCAGACUGCGAUCCGAAAGCGAUUUAUGCCACUGUGAACAAGGAGCCCCGGGACUCGGGCUCCGGCGCACGAAUGCGCCCCCCUGGGGACCUGAAGCUGGCCCGCAGCCUGUCCAAGUCUGACUCGGACUUGCUGGUGUCCCCUCCGAGUGAGGAUGAAGGGGGUCUGGGAAACCGGAGCGAGUCUGUUUCUAACUGCAGCACAGGCAAGAAGAGGCUGGAGAAGUCUCCGUCCUUCACCUCAGAAUGGGACGAGCAGAAAAAGACGACUUCUCCACUUCCAAAGCUGCGAAGAUCUAAAUCCUGUGACAAUAUCGAGAAGAUCAUGACACUCAUUGGUGCUCGCAUCGACCUCUCUGGUGACCAGCAGUAUGAAACACCAGCAGGUGCUUCAGGCCGGCUGCUGGACCAGCCCGUGGGGGACUGGCUGGAGCAUGUGGGGCUGCCUCAGUACGAGAGCAAGCUGCUGCUGAACGGCUUUGACGACCUGCACUACAUGGGGAGUAAUGUCAUGGAGGACCAGGACUUAAGAGACAUCGGGAUCACGGACACGAGCCACAGGAAGAAGAUCCUGCAUGCAGCACGCGCCUUUCCGAAGGUGAAGGCGCUGGGCUGUGACGGCAGCAGCUCCUUGUCCGCCUGGCUGGAAAAUCUGGGUCUGCAGGAGUAUUUGCCCAACUUCCUGGCCAGCAACUACCACACCCUGGACUGUGUUAAAAACCUCUGGGAGCUGGAAAUCGUCAACGUCCUGAAAAUCACCUUGCUUGGCCACAGGAAGCGGAUCAUCGCCUCUUUAGCAGAGAGACCGUAUGAGGAGCCUCCGGUGAAACCUCCCCGCUUGUCUCAGAUCAGGGUUCAGGACCUGCCAGGAUCUCCCACCUCCUCUCCUCUCAGUCACAUGGAGCAGUACUCUGGACACUCCAUGGACCCCCUGGUGCCUGCAGGAGAGCCCAGCAGGAGGAAGGCGGCAGAGAGCGACUAUGAAGCUUCCCAAAGACAUCGUAGCGAGCGCCACAAGCCUCACGAGCGCCACGAGGAGUGGAAUCGGGAGCCUCGCUUGACUCUGAGACCUCCUAGUCUGGCUGCUCCGUAUGCUCCGGUCCAGGACUGGCACCACCAGCCCGAGGAGCUUAUUUUUGAGUCCUGCUCCUAUGAAGCUAACUACCUCGGUUCAAUGCUUAUUAAAGAGCUGAGGGGCACAGAAUCCACGCAGGACGCUUGUGCCAAAAUGCGGAGAUCCACAGAACAAAUGAGGAAAGUUCCGACCAUCGUCCUCUCCAUCACGUAUAAAGGUGUCAAAUUCAUCGACGCAGCCAACAAGAACAUCAUUGCAGAGCACGAGAUCCGCAACAUAUCCUGUGCAGCCCAGGACCCUGAGGACCUGUGCACGUUUGCUUACAUCACUAAAGACCUGCAGACCAGCCACCACUACUGCCACGUCUUCAGCACGGUGGAUCUGAAUCUGACCUACGAGAUCAUCCUGACGCUCGGUCAGGCGUUUGAGGUGGCGUACCAGCUGGCUCUGCAGGCCCAGAGGACCAAACAGCAGCAGAAUCUGUCUGCAGGAGCUGCUUCCGAAGUGUCUGAGACGAGGCCGGGCAGACCUGUGCCCAGACCCCGCGGGAGUAUACGCAAGUCAGGGCAGGGGGACCUGCUGGAACAGGAGGGGGACCCUCAGUCCCAGAGCGGUGCUGCCUGGCUGGUGGACUCCAAGGAAUCCAAGCGCACGAUCAGCACUAAGUACGAGACCACCAUAUUCUGAAAGGAGCUCCUCCCUCCUCGGUCUCACCUUUUGUCCCUUCACCUCCUCCUGUGUGCCUUUUGACUGUGACUCCUUCCUGCUCGCCACCUCGCCGUCUUCCUCCAACGGUCCUAACACUAAACCACGCUUUCCCGCCCGUCUCCUUCACCACUCCCGCUGUGGCUCGUCUUCACCGCUCCCCUGUUUUUGCAGCUAUCACCCCCCCUGCGCUCCCUCUUGUUUCCUCUCAGUGAUCAGCUCUUUCUCUCUCACUGCAUUAGGCGCCGGCCGCUCUGAAGCGCUCCUCUCACAACCUUUCACCUCCCGUGAGGAAUAGCUGCUUAGCCCCCCGCUGCACAUAUCCUGUACCUGGAGGAGGGGGGGCGUGUUUCCUGAGGAAACGGCAGAGCUGCUUCUGUAAUUCUAUGCAUCAUCGGCAGGACUUUCCGCUUCUGCUCAGUGGGAUGUAGACUUGUGCUGAAGGAAAUCGGGGCUGAGAUCGUAGCACUGUGAUGAAGUCCUCUGUAGCAUUUUGUGGAGGGAGGGGCGGGGAGGGGUCCCACACAUAGUCUGGAUCAUCUCAGCUUGACUGUAGGAGGACUUGAACCCAGUGCUUCCUCUGAAACAAACCAACCAUGACUAAGCACUUUUACCAAAUCUUCAAGUUUGCAUGAAUAAGUGCAUUUUUUCCUCUUCUUUUCACUGCGAAUGCCUUCGUUCUUCAUUCUGUCAGUGUUGCCUUUGUGUUUCUUCUGUUAAUAUUUCACCGCAGACGGUGAAAAGAGUUAACCAUUAUUGAAGUGGAGGGAGGGGGACAACCCAUAGUGUUUGUGCUUUCUUUUUGUUUUUUUUACUCCAUGAUGAUCUGACCUGUGUGUCUGUAUCCCCUCACCUCCUGCAGCUGAACACUGUGGCUCCUCCCGGUCAGUAUGUCGGGACAGGAGCGAGCCCAGCUGCGUGGCAGGUGGGGCGGGGAAAAAUGAAAUUCCCCCGGCGUCCCACCUCCCACGCAGCAAAACGACAUCGCCUUUUUCCGGAUCCUUCAAAAGUUUGACGCGGCGGACGACGGUUCCUCCCUCGACUCUCACCUCCUCCCUGACGUUCUUCAGAGUUUUUGUCUCCCUUUUUUUUUUUUUUUUUUGAGGAAAUGAAGCUGCAGGUUUCACAGCAGGACUUGUAGCGAAAGGGGAAGUGGGAGGAGUCCGUUUAGACUCCUCCUCCCUUCUGAACUGUGGAGAUGGAUGGAGAUGAACUCCAACCAAACACUACAAAGAAUUUUUGAUAUCUCUAUUUUGUGCUUUUAUUUGGUACGAAAUUGUCUUUAUUAUUAUUAUGUUUUCAUAGGAGUGUAACUGGAUCAGGCGUGGUUCACAGGUUUAACUCUUUUUAAUCCCUCUCCAUUCAUGAACGUAAUCUAGGCGAGAUGAUUGAGCGAAACCUGCCAUGCAGGGCUGGUACGGCCUCCAGUGUGACUGGAGGACGCUGCAUGAAGCUGCUGAUUAUUGAUGGUACUUUUUAAGGCUGCGCGUCCGGGUACACCCCACCCCCCCAGCAGUACGAUACGUGAUCCAAACGGACGUCAGCCGCCCACACGGUCCGGUUCUGCUUUUGCACAUUUGCCAAGGAUCAGGAGACACUUUGGAUCUAAUCUGACGACGACUUUAAUGAGAGCGAUUGGUGAUUCUGGUGGUCUAUUUUUUGAUACUUGAAUGAUUUUUUUUUGUUUGUUUUUAUAAAUAUCUAUAUAAAUAUAUAUAUGUAUAUGUAUGUAUGUACCUAUGUAAUUUUUUUUGGUCAAACGAGAGAAAAGGACUAUGUCUUAUACAAUGAAACAUAUCGUGAGCAAAAAAAAAAAAAGAACUUUGUGGUUUAAAAAAAUAAAGACUGAGAAAGUGACUCAGACGAGGGACCUCACUUCAAAGAAAAGAUUGUACAUAAUCUUAGUCUUCCAGUCUUUUUUAUGAUUAUUUUUCAUAAUUGUUCAACUAAUAAAUGUUGCAGUUAGAACUCCUGA